GAAUGGUCGCUGGAAAGACGGCAACAAAACGGUCACUGAUACCUGUUUCCUAUCCUAAUCCUUUGCCUGAGCGGCGUCUUCACCUUGGCAGCGCCACUACAGAUGGACAACACAGGGAUGAAAGGAGGAAUUGUGAUAAAAGAUGACUGGCCAGGUUACAGUCUGGACCUGUUCACCUACCCAGAACACUACCACGAAGACAUAGAGAGUGUUUACAUUCCCCAUGGUGUCAUCAUGAACAGGAUAGAGCGUCUGGCGAGCUACAUCAUGGACGACUUUGAGGACAACAAUAUAAUGGUGCUGUGCGUCCUGAAGGGCGGCUACAAGUUCUGCGUAGAUCUGGUGGAGUUCAUCAAAGUUCUUGGCCGCAACUCCAACAAGUACCUGGAGACGCGGGUGGAGUUCAUCCGUCUGAAGAGCUACCUGAAUGACCACUCAACAGAGGACCUGCACAUAAUAGGAAGCAGGGAUCUGUCUAUUCUGCGUGGAAAGUGUGUCCUCAUUGUUGAGGCCAUAGUUGACACAGGAAAGACCAUGAAGGCCCUUCUGAAGCAUGUGGAGACCUUUGAACCCAAGAUGGUCAAGGUGGCAGGUCUGCUGGUGAAGAGGGUCCCUAACAUGGCUGAACGUCUGACAGACUAUGUUGGAUUUGAAAUCCCCAACCGCUUCGUUGUCGGCUAUGCCCUGGACUACAAUGAAUACUUCCGUGACCUGAAUCAUAUCUGUGUUAUCAGCAAGACUGGAAAGAUGAAGUACAAGGUGUGAGGGGCAUUAAAACCAUAAUUUAUGUCCAGUUUGUGUGCCAUCUUCAGCAGCAAGCAAAGGUUCACUUUACUCUCCCAUGUCUUUAUUCUCCCAACGCUUCAGCGUUAAUUUUUUUUUUAUCUCAAAGCAGCCAAUCCAAAUUUUUGGAGGGACUCUUGAAUUAAAAAAAAACAAAUAUUUCAUGAGGUGUAAUUGUUGCCUCAUCACCCGUUUUUGUUUAUCGGCGAGAUGCACACAAACAAAGAAAUUGAUAAAUGGGAGAAAGAAGCGCUUCCCACCAGGAGAGGACGUUGGUGACAGAUGGAGAGAGCUUAUGGACGCUGGCAUCCUCGUGCCUGGAUGACGCCCACUCUGACUCAUGGAAAACACACAGUGGGUGCAGCAGGCUGGCGCGAAACAGAGUCUCCGCACCACACUGUAUCUGUUUGUUUCCAACUGUAAACAGACCUUACUGGAAUAAUACAUAAUAUAAUAAUACAUAAUACAUGAGAUUAAUAUGGCAAAACCAUCAUUUGUCAUAUAUAACAUAAUAUUUU